GGAGAGCAGCUCCAGCUGCAGUGCUAGCAUCCCGCAGUAAAUAUGUUCAUGAAAGUUGCUAGUUAAUAUUAAGGGAAUAGCAACACCCAGUUUUCAGGAACAAGGUGUUGCCCAAUAUUUACUUAAGAACUUACAACGGGAAGCAACAACUUUCACACAGCUGCACAUUAUCCUCGCAGUGAACGAACAAAUUCGGAGUGAGACAUGAGCCAUACAAGGGCUGGCGGCUAAACUCCCGCCAAAACACGUGCCCACAGUGGCCGCAGGUCUGAAACCGCUCACGAAAACGCUGCUGCUACUCCACAGCUCGCAGGGCCAACCCAGAGCCGUACUGUGUGUCCGCACACCAGCAGCAGGACAAAGGCACAGCCUACGAGCGCCUGUGCACACGCUGAACUCGGACCCUGCCGCCGUCAGGGCCUUCCCUCACGGCGCUGCCGCCAUCCCCGCAGCGCUGCCCCCGCCGCGGGGUCCGUGCCCGGGGAACGCACCGGGAGGCACCGCGGGCCUGUCCCGCCUCCAUCCGGUGGGAGCUGGCCGUGUUUGUUCCUCCCGAGUUCCUCUCCAGCGGUACAGCCGGAAACAAAACAAACCCUCAUCCUGCCUUGUCCCCCCGGCCCGGGGCUGGGCGGACCGCGGCCGGUACCGCCCCGCCUCCGCCCUCCUCCAAAUGCCGGACCUGGCUGCCGUAGAGACCUCCCCGACGUGUCUGGAGACUAAGUUGAUGUAAUCACUGGAAAAUCCUGGACGGAAACCAAUGUGUGCUGGAUUUGGAUCAGUGAUUUGGCAAUGGCCAAAUGCCAGUUUUCCAGUGCUCUUGUGAACAGCUUGGCAUGCAGAUCUGCCCUUGUAAAAAUGCACCUAGUUAAGAAUGAACACAAGGAAAGUGCUGUGGUAGACACAGGCUCCAUGUCAUGUUGGUUUCCAGCUUAAAAACCAGAAGGCUGGCAUUUUUAAAGGAACAGCAACAAAGUGAUGACCAGGUGCCAAGUGCCAGCUGUCCUUAUUCAUCAGAUUCAAGAAGAAUUGGAUAAAGAAGAAGAAGAGAUGAUGGUUUUCCUGUGCCGAGACCUUGCUCCUGAUUUGGCCACUGCUGAUCUCAAAGAGAUCUUGGUGGCUUUGAAUGAGAGAGAGAAACUGACUCCUGUUAGCUUGUCUGAGCUGCUGUACAGAGUUAAGAGGUUUGACUUGCUGAGGAGGAUCCUGAACACCGAGAAAGAAACAGUGGAAGCUCACCUUGCCAGGAGUCUCAGACUUAUCCCUGAUUACAGGGUACUGAUGGUGGAUAUAAAUGAAAAUCUGGAAAAAGACGAAGUGGGUUCUCUUGGUUUCCUACUCAGAGAUUAUGCACCUCGUAUGAAAACGGCAAAAGAUAAGAGUUUUCUAGCUCUUAUAAUUGACCUGGAGAAGCUAAAUUUGGUGGCUCCUAAUCAACUGGAUUUGAUAGAAAACUGUUUUCGAAGUAUUCACAGGAUAGACUUGAUCAGGAAGAUCCAGAAGUACAAGGAAGCCUCAGUGUCCUCCAUUCAUUCUCAACCAGUAUAUGUAAAUGCUCAUCAGGCUUCUCUCCCUAAUCUCAAUGUGAUUGGUCCUCCUUAUCAUUCAGGGUUUCAGAUUCAGAAUGAGAACAGAGAAAAAUUACAAAAUGGAUCAUGUCUUACUCUGGCAGAACCAGUUCACAUGUCCAUUCAGGAGUCGGGGUCAGUGCCACAUAAGAUGUCUGAUGAUUCCUACAGAAUGGGAAGUCAACCUUUAGGAAUGUGCCUGAUAAUAGAUUGUAUUGGCAAUGACACUGAUAUAUUGGAAGAGACCUUCAGAGGCUUAGGCUAUGAUGUUCAUUGUCACAGAUAUUUAAAUAUGAACUCCAUGAAUCAAACAUUGCUUGAAGCUGCAAGGUGGCAGAAGCACAGAGAUUGUGACAGCUUUGUUUGCAUAUUGGUCAGCCGUGGAAACUCUCAGAGCAUGUUCUGUACAGACCACACUUUUUCUGGAUUCCCUUUGGAACUAAUAAAGAAAUAUUUUACAGCUGACUCAUGUCCUGGACUCCUCGGAAAACCAAAGCUUUUUUUUAUUCAAACCUAUGUUGUGCCAGAAAAUGAGCAAGAAUGCACAAGUCUGUUGGAAGUCGAUGGGAAUUAUGACAGUAUCAGUGCUAAAGUCACUAUCCCCCAUGCAGCAGACAUCUUCUGGAGUCAUUGCAAAGUGGAUGUGUCUACACUAGAAGAAUCCCCAACUUCAUCCUCGUAUUAUCUGCGUUGUCUGGCUGAACUACUCCAUAAUCCUUAUAAGAGGAAACUCUGUAUAUUGUCUAUCCACAUGGAACUGAACAGAAAAGUUUAUGAUUGGAAUUCAACUGACCCAAGCCAACAAUACUCACUGCUGCUCCAGCACACACUGAGGAAGAAACUUUUUUUCCCACUUAACUGCUGUUAGAAAGUACAUAUCUGAAAGAGUUGCUAUGAUGCAGUUUCAUACUUUUACUUCGUGCAUUGUUAUUUCAUGUAUAUCUAAAGUGCCUUUGUUGCUUCCAAACACGGGAAUUUACAAGCAUUUAAGUAUGUUAAGACACUCGGUUUUGUAUUUAAUAUAGUAAUCUCAGAAAGAUUGGAUGAGAAUGGUAGCUAUUGUAUAGCAGUGCAACAUAUCUUGCUAAGUACAAUGGGUAAACAGAGUAGAAAGACAUCUAAACUGUAUAGCUGUUGGGUUUUCCAAGAAAAAACAAGUGUUUUUAUUGUUUCAUUGGUUGUUUUUAACAUAGCUCCUAGCACUUAAAUACCAGCCAGCCCAAACCACUGAAAUGCACUGAUUACUUUCCCCUGCACCUAGUAGUGGCAAAUGUCUCAGGAAAGCUUUCCUACCCAGUAAUGCCAGAUCUUUGCUAGCAAGUUCUGGCUUGCAUGCUUCAGCAAACAGGAGGGAGAGAGAGAUGGUCUUUUCAAUAAUCUAGAUUCCAUCUGUUUGCUGCAUUAAAGAUUUUGGAACUUAAAUGUAGUAACCAUGGGCCUUUAAGACUGGACUAUGUUAAACACCCCACCAUCACUGCUUUUGCUUUAUGAAAAAGAAUAUGCCUCUAUUAAUUCAUUUUUUUCCAAGUGCUCUUGUUCUUGUGAAAAAAAGAAAAGAAAGAUGGUCCUAAAUACAAAAAUUUUUCUGCAAUGCAGCAGUUGUCUAACAUGGAAAGCUCAGUUAACCUACUUGUUGUAUAACAGUAUAACCUGGAUGAGUUGUAUUGAAGUUUAUUGCCACUGAACUUAGUAGGCCACUAGUAAAUAUUUAAUUUUUAGACCUAAUAUAGUCUCCAAUAUGGGAAAAAAUUCAAGGCCCUGGUGUGCCUUGCUUGGUUUCUGGUUAAGUUUUUAAAUGGAGAAACAGAAGGAUACAAAAUGACAGAUAUGGAAUCUUAGCAGUUACUUUCUGUGGUGGCUGGUAAAUGCACUAAAUGGUGAAACAAAUGUUUCAUGUGGUUGUAGAAAUAAGAUGUCAUUUCAAGUUACAUAUAUCUAAGCAAUGUUAAUGAAUGUGAUCUUCUUCAUAGAUUAACUUCACUUUCCCAUUUCCCUUACUAGCUUUUGCAUUUGACAAGCACUUCUGCUACCCUAUAGACAACCAAAAGCAGGGAGAAUGGAACCAAGAGGAGGCAGAUGAGGAAAAGAAAUGUGGACAUUUUAAGCAGGACCAAGAAGGGGCAUGGUAGGGAGCAUCAAGAGAAGAACAAAUAGGGGAAAGAUGAUUCGGAGGAGAAAUACAGAAUCAAUAUUGGAAGGAGAAGAAAACAGGAAAAAGAAAGUGAGAAUAGUGGCUAUCCUUACAGACUCUAAUGAUGUGGUGAGUUGGUUGAUGUUUUGUGGAUUGGUUGGUUGGGGGAUUUUGAGUGAUGGUAAAUGCAACUAUUUACUUAAAAUAUUAGCAGUAGAAUAUACUCUGCUUUUACAGCAUUGUGACAAGUUUGGUUUGGGGGUUAAGAGGUAUAUAUGUUCUUUGCCUUACUGCAAGACACAGUAAGUAAAGUCCAUGUCCCUUUCAUUAAAAAAAAGAUGCAGAAAUGCUGAUUGGAAAACUAGAGGCUCAUGUAAUUAACCCUUUCAGUGGAAAAGGAAGGGACUCUAUGUUUGGAAGUGGUUAUAACCCUCUAGAGAGUUGUGGGGACAGGCAUGUAUUGUGCAGCAUUCAUUGUGUCAGAUACUGAUUUUUAUGCUGAUCCUCAGUAGAUUCUUAAACCAUAGCCAUAUGCAAUCUAUAAUCACACAUCUAAGCAGUAUGUAUUGCCUUGACACCUCUUUCAAGAGUGGUAUUCAGGUAGGCUGAUUCCCUGUACCUGCUGCAUAGUGAGUGUUUAUGCAGGACUUUUGUGAUGGCAGUUGUCUGACACUUGUCCCAUAGCUUAUAGAAUCAUGCACUCAUAGAAUAUGCUGACUUAGAAGGGACCCUUCAGGAUCAUCGAGUCCAACUCCUGGCCCUGCACAGGACACCCCAAGAAUCCCACCGUGUGCCUGAGAGUGUUGUCCAAAAGCUUCUUGAGCUCUGACAGGGUUGGUACUGUGACCACUUCCCUGGGGAGCCUGCUCCAGUGCCCAACCGCCCUCUGGAUGAAGAACCUCUCCCUAAAAUCUAACCUAACCCUCCCGUGACAGUUUCAUUCCUCGAGUCCUGUCAGUGGUCACUGGAGACAAGUAAUUGAUACCUCUGUGAUGCCUUAAGUUUUAGCUUUCAUAUCUUCCAGAUUCUGUACUGCAUUAGUAUAUAACUCUGAACAUCAUAUAAACUGUUAGCAAGUUCUCUUCACGGUUUAGUUAGACAAAACAAUCCUUUUCCACCCUGAGAACCAAGGACACUGUUACAGCUUCAGGCCCAAAAAGUAUAAACAACAGGGAAUUGAGGAGAGCAGGGAGGAUGGGACUUCAUAACCUGAAGCUGUAAUUGGACAAUUAACCCCAAUACAUAAAUGGAGCAAAACUUAUAAAAGUGUGAAAACGUGAUGCAUUGUCCAUCUUGGGUAUAGCCUCAGCCAGGCUCUUGUACUACCCAAGGUGUAUUCUUUGAAGGCCUUUUCAAUAAAUUCCAACUUCAUUCCUUUAACACUGUCUAGCCUCUGUUCUAGGUAACCUCUCAAGGCAUCAUCUGCCCCUCUGCUUCCCUUCGUGAAGAUGUUGAAGACUGCAAUGAGGUCUCCCCUCAGUCUCAUCCAGACUGAACAAACCAAAUUACCUCAGCCCCUCCUCACAGGGGCCUCCCCUCCAAAACCCUCACCAGGUUUCUGUAUCCCUCCAUACAUGUUAUAGGGAUUGUCUCUUCUUGCUGAAGUGCACACAUAAAAUUUGAGUCUAGAAAUAGAUGCAAGGUGUGGACUGCAUCAAGUUGUCCCUGUGUUGCAGAUAGUGAAAUGAUUUCAGGUUAAAUGAUCCUUCAGCCAAAAGAAAAGGGGGAAGAGAAUUUUGGAUCCAUCAUGAGUUUAGGGUGUUAGCACAGGAACAUAGAGUGACAUGCUGGUGAAAUUUCAUGGUCCUGGACUGCCAAAACAUCUAGUUUUCAGAACCUGCUAUUGAAGGAGUUAAAGCAAGUUAAACUGCUCCUGCAUUGUCAGAGCUUGGAAUAAGGCUGUCAGAGUCACUGCUCUGGCACUUUAAUUACAGUUUUGGUUUCUGAUAACUGGAAAAAAAAAUUCUUCUAGUUCUGUAUGUGUUCUGUAUAUGGAAGAGGGAAAAGAGAAUUGGCAGAAUAUGAGUGAUGCCUUUAAGUGGCUCAGAAGGUGUACUCAUGAGGCAAGAGAUUCAGUGGUGUUUUGUACCAGACUUGAGUUGCAUGGUUUUUCUCAGCCACCUACUGAUGUGGCUGAGCCAUAAAUUGAGUUUUCUUUGCACUGUUGCGUAUUUGUGUAUUGCAGUGCUUGCCAACUCAUUAUCCAAAAAAGAAGUUAUGUUCAAGAGGAAGUUACUGUGCUAGCAUUUGUGGAUGGAGUAUGUUGUAUGGCUGAUCUCCCCUUUCAACUCUGCACAAGUAACAGUGGCUUCUAUUACAGAUGCCUGAGUUAGAGAAGCUUUUUAUGGGAGUAUCUGAGAAUUCUUUUCUGCUCUCCAGACUUUUAAGUUUCUGACAUGCAGAAGGGUAUUGCUGCUAUCUGUGUGGAUGAUCUGUGGUCCAUUUACAUUAAAUCUCCUGUACUGAAUUAUUUGACAGUUUUUCUGUGGUUUAAAGAAUGUCUAUUUUUCAGCUUCUGUAUUAGAAACAGUAAGACACUAUAAUUGGAUACAAAUGCUGGGUUUCAAGCCGAUACUCUAAAUAAAAUUUGUGUAUGCAGUC